GUCGACACCAGUCGAGGAACCAACUGAGACGUGAGGCCGUGGGGCUUGACGAUUGGAGCGCCUCUAUACAGUAUUUGGAACGAAUUUGUGCGAGUCCGAUCAAGGCAACCAGUGUAUCGCAAGUGCGCACACUUGGUCGGAUCGAGUUUGCUCGAGAAGUUGUGAAAUCUACUGGUACUGUAGUACCGAUAGAUCACAAUUACAAUUUGCUUCUUAUUUCUGAGGUGUGUUCGCGGCGAUGUCAAGUGCCGCGAAAUCAUGAUUUCCGCUCCUUAGAACGAAAUUUUCUUCUCGAAAUCGAGUGUCCGGGACUGAAAUAUCCGUGUUUAUUUCUGAUUUGAUUUUUUUUUUUUUUUUUUUUUGACAUACGAUCGAUCGAGAUCGAGAAACAUGUAUUCCGACGGUCAUGAGGUGGACGGUAGCUGGGUGUUGUGUGUUUACGUGACCAAUCUUCAAAUGGAGAGAAGCUUACGAGUAAAAGGUGAACUGCACAUCGGCGGUGUCAUGCUCCGACUGGUUGAAGAUCUCGACAUCGCCAUGGACUGGUCGGAUCACGCGCUAUGGUGGCCCGAGAGGAAUCACUGGCUCACCAGAACGAGAAGCACUCUGGAUCAGUACGGUGUCACCGCGGACGCGCUCCUCCACUUCACGCCGAUGCACAAAACUCUGAGAGUACAGCUGCCGGACAUGCGAUGCCUCGACUGCAAGGUCGACUUCUCUGUAAAGACGUUCAACGCCGUGAUCAAUCUGUGCAAGGAGUUGGGUAUCAGACAUCCGGAGGAAUUGUCGUUCUGCAAACCGCUCGAGCCAAAUCACCUGAAGUACAAUUUGAAAGAUCUGCCGGCAAAGAAGAAGAUCGAGAACCAAAAGAACGGGCAUUGGAACGUCCCCGCGGACACGAACACGUUCAUCCCGGUGAGCCAGAGUCCCAGAGGGUCGACGGGCAGUCUGGAUCAGGGCAGCCCUUUCAUGUGCGCGCCGGUCAACAACAGAAAUCACAGCACGCCGAUCAGCUCGCCCGUUUCGCAAACCGGUACCUGGAAAAGGAACAACAACUCGUCGGGUUUUGGUAGCACCGGCUCGUUCAACGCCAACAACAGCACCAUGAGUCUCGAGGUGUUGAACGGGGGAUUGUCCGAGUCGCUGGCGCAGAGUCCGACCACCGUCUCGUCGGAGGUACGGGCGAAACUGGUCAGGCCGAAGAACCUCGUGGAACGCGCCAGGAUGAACGUUGCCUGGCUCGACUCGUCCCUGUCGAUCAUGGAACAGGGGAUACGCGAAUUCGACACUCUCAGGCUGAAGUUCAAGUUUUACUCCUUCUACGACCUGAACCCGAAAACGGACGCUGUCAGGAUCAACAUGAUUUACGAGCAGGCGAAAUGGCAGCUGCUCGCCGAGGAGAUCGACUGUACCGAGGAGGAAAUGCUGAUGUUCGCCGCGUUGCAGGUGCAAGUGAAUCUUCAGGCGAGCGUGCCGCAACCAAGUUACGACAGCAAUGGCGCGUCCUCCCCGGUCGAGGACGACAUUGACGCAGCCCUGACUGAUCUCCAAGUGACCUUGGAGGGCAGUAACAUCAGUAACGGACCGAGUGACAUCACCCAAGUGCCCGAGUUGUGCGACUACCUCCGUUUCUUGAAGCCGAAGCGCUUCACCCUGAAGGCGUUCAAGCGCUACUGGGUCACGUGCAGGGACCUUCAGCUGAGGUUGUACAAGAGCCGGGAGGAGACGCACAGCGAGUCGCCUGCCCACGUGAUCAAUCUGCGUGGAUGCGAGGUCACGCCUGAUGUCCAUCUCUCGCAAGGUCGCUACGGGAUCAGGUUGGAGGUGCCCAGCGCCGAGGGCAUGACCGAGAUGUGGAUCAGAUGCGACAACGAGCAACAGUACGCCAAAUGGAUGGCUGCGUGCAGAUUAGCGGCGAAAGGGCGUUCUCUCGCUGACGCCUCUUACGAGAGCGAAGUGAACAGCAUCACGGCCUUUCUGCAACUGCAAAGGCCCGCCCCCGCGCCCGCGAUCAAUCCCAACGCUCUCGACAUCGUGCCCGAGGACUACGUUGCCCCUCGAUUCGCCAAGAAGUUCAAAGGAAAGCUGGUACAGAGGAUUCUGGAAGCACACGCCAACGUCAAGGAUCUACCUUUAAUCGAGGCCAAAUUGAACUACAUCAAAGCCUGGCAGUCUCUUCCCGAGUACGGAAUCUCUCUGUUCGUGGUCAGAUUCACUGGUAAGAGCAAGGACGAGCUGUUGGGCAUCGCUAAUAACAGGCUGAUGCGAAUGGAGCUUCACAGUGGUGAUCACUUGAAAACUUGGAGAUACAACACGAUGAAGGCAUGGAACGUAAACUGGGAAGUGAAGCACAUGAUGGUCCAAUUCGAAGAGGCGAAAGACAAUAUUGUCUUUGAGUGCCAGUCCGCGGACUGUAAGGUCGUCCAUGAAUUCAUCGGAGGGUAUAUAUUUUUGUCGAUGCGAUCGAAAGAGGCGAAUCAGACGUUGAACGAGGAGAUGUUCCAUAAAUUAACCGGUGGUUGGGUUUAAAAAUCAUGGGUUUCUCUUUUGCGACACUUGCGGUCGAGGUGUGAUUGUGGAAAUCAAUUGUUAUUGGUGAAAAUGGAAAGCUCUGAUCUGAGAUACAAUGCGACGUGUUGGCUGAUAUUUGUAAAAAAAAAGAAAACAAGAAAAAUACUUAAAUUUAUCUUUAGACAUUUUGUUAUAGUAUUUGUAAAUAGAGAAAUUGUAUCGUCUGUAUACAACUGCCGCGCUCGUGACGAGUGCACCUUUUAUUUCACAUAGAAAAUGACGUUCUUAGCGAAUUAAUCGUACAAGGGUUGAUUCAUUGCAACCUCGAGGUAAAAGAUCUUUCGUAAAACAAUACGCGAGUUACUUUUGUACAUGAUCGCACGGAAUAGUUUUGAUUGUCUAAAGUUUUGUAAUAAAAUAUAAACGUGGAAUGUGUAUCUUAUAAAUGAAACACGCACAAAAUCGACCAGAAUAAACCACGCCCUUCUGUACACGCGAUGCUGUUGAUUAAGGUCAUAAACGAAUUAAUAUUUUUACAGAGACAAGUAUAUUAUAUUAGAGCUGCCCUCUAGACUCAACCUCACUAGAUAAUAUUCUUUAUAAUUUUUUCGAUCGCCCAAGUCGAUCUCUCUCAGGCAAUGUAUAUGUGUAGUUUUAACAUCCGGGGGUGCUAUGCUGGGUGAGAUUGACACAGAUGUGCGAGGACAUAUUGAAUCGUGUAAAUUAUUUGUUGUUUUAAUGUAAAACUAUAUAUAUUAAAGAUAUUUACUUGUACCGUUACUUAUUAUCUACUUAUAUUAUGCCACGUCGCCGAACGUGUAAUCAAAAAUUAUAGUUUUGUAUAUUAAUAGAUGUUAGUUGUACAAUAAACUUAAUUAUUAUCAUUUUC